AUGCUCGAAAUCACCCCUCCUACGAGGAUACCCAUGUUUCCGGCCAACUAUCGCGAGUUCCUCAUCUCGCCCGCCGCACCUGCCAUCCCGGCGGCACAACAAACGCUUCUGCCCGGUCAGAUCUUCCAACUCGCGCAGCCGAAAUGGCCGACGGACUCGGUCAUGCCCUCCUUCUACGCUCUUGCUGCCACCACGAUGUUUGCCGCCUUCUUCCUGGUCGCAUUCAAGGAUCUCGGUGCCCUGAUCAACUAUGAAUUUCGCACCCGCCUCGGUGUGGCCGGUAAUCCGGUGAUCGGAAUGACUCUGUCGCUACUCGCCUUCACCAUGCUGCUCAUCACAUACGAGAACGACAUCAAGAAGCGCUCCGGCUACUACAGCGAGGACAGCGAUCCGCGCUACAUGGUUGCUUUCAGCGCAUUCGCAUCGGUGUGCGCUAUCCUGUGGGCAAGCUCGACGUUCCAGACUGCCGUCUCAGCGCCCGACGAGGAUAGAGGAGCCGCUAAGCCAGUCGAAGAGGUGGCGGAACAGAAAGGGUCCAGAAGACAGCAAAAGAAACAGGCAAAGCGAGAAGCAAAGAAGAUCGCAACCAAGCAGCAAUAG